UGAGUAAGCUGUUGGCCCCAAGUUAUACGAUUUCCAUCGAGAUGUGCCCGUGAGGGCGUGCUUACUUAACCUCUCCUCAACCGGACGACAUCGAUAAUAAUCAGUUCUGUCCCGGAUCCUCUCUCUGACUGUACACCUAUAUACCUUGGAAAUACCAUAUAACACAAUAGCGAUCGUAAUUACGAGUAGUAAGUAAGCAAAACUCGAGUAAGCAAAAGAGUGGCGGAGUUGGCAGUGACGUUGUUGAGUGUUGAAAAGUUCCUCGAGCCGAGGAAAGAAGGAGAGGGUGAACCGAGCUGAGGGUGGUGGUGGAGGAAGAAGAAGAGGAGGCAGAAGAAGGGAACUUGCGCAGCGGACGCCAUCUCCGCGUUAUCGGCAAGCGGAUCCCCCGGGACUCCCCCCCAAGCAGCUUCGGCGUCGCGCACCCUCGGCGGGAGCUACCCCGUGACAGCAGCCACCCUGAUGGGAGUGUAUGAGGAGCGCACCCCUCCUACCACCGGCAUGCACUGGCAGCCGGCCAGCUCGCAGGAGCGUGGCAGCGGCUUGGCUGUGGGGCGUCAAGGGGGGCCCGGCAGUGCGGGGGGGCCCGGAGCAGUGGACCAGGCGAGGGACCUAAGUCCCUGCCUCCCUGCGUCUAUGGGCGACGCUGCACGACCUACCACCUUACCGUGCAGUCCUCCUGCCGCCCACCAUCACGGGCCCCAUCAUACACCCCUACAUCAGACCCACUGUGGAACCAACAACAAUUGCUACGACGGACCCACUACCCCCUACGACUCUAGAGACUACGAUUCCCCUGGAGGUGGGCAAGAGUACAGGAACAGCAGCAACUUCGAGAACCCGAGCGACCUGAGCAUGCCCCCGCAAACGACCCACCACCACCAUCACCACCAUCACUCGCAUCUGCAUCCGCAGACUCACUCGCAGGAACAACAGACCACCGAACACUUGCACGCUAUCCCGAAACUGGAGCCUCCGCCCACCCCGCCCGCCCAGUCGGACGAUGUCCCGGGGGUGGUUUGCGCCGGAUGCGGCCUCCGGAUAUCCGACAGGUUUUACCUGCAGGCGGUGGACAGGCGGUGGCACGCGGCCUGCCUUCAGUGCUCCCACUGCCGCCAGGGCCUCGACGGCGAAGUCACCUGUUUCAGCAGGGACGGAAACAUUUACUGCAAGAAGGACUAUUAUCGGAUGUUCGGCAGCAUGAAGCGAUGCGCCCGCUGCCACGCGGCGAUCCUCGCCUCGGAGUUGGUGAUGCGGGCCAGGGAGCUGGUGUUCCACGUGCGUUGCUUCUCGUGCGCCGCUUGCGCGGUCCCGCUCACCAAGGGCGAUCACUUCGGGAUGAGGGACGGCGCUGUGCUCUGUCGGCUGCACUACGAGAUGGGCGCCGAGCUCCACCCCUCCCAGAGCCCUCCGGUCCCGGUUUACCCCCCCGGCCCCCAUUACCCCGGCCAACCCUUCCCCUCGCCCGAAUUCCUCCACCAUCACCAUCACCACCCGCACCACUCCAUGCACCCCCAACACCCCCACAGCCACGUGAGCCCGGUACCGCUCCAGCCGUCCACGCCGUCCGUCCCGGACGCGGGCUCCCCGCCCAAGGUCCCCUACUUCAACGGGGCCGCUGUCGUCCCGCCGCCUAGACAAAAGGGCAGGCCCAGGAAGAGGAAGCCCAAGGAUCUCGAAGCUAUGACCGCCAAUAUAGAUUUGAACGCGGACUACAUAGAUAUGCCGUUCGGUAGGGGGGGGCCUGCUACUCCCGGCAUACCUGGUUCCAACAGCCGAACAAAAAGGAUGAGAACGAGUUUCAAACACCACCAGUUGAGGACGAUGAAGAGUUACUUCGCGAUCAAUCACAAUCCGGACGCGAAGGAUCUGAAGCAGCUUUCGCAGAAAACUGGCUUGCCGAAAAGGGUGUUGCAGGUCUGGUUCCAGAACGCCCGCGCAAAAUGGCGGCGCAUGGUGUUGAAGCAGGAGGGGAAGUCGGACAAGUGCGACGGGAGCGUGGACAGCGGUUCCCUCGGCGACCUUGAGCUUUAUGGGAACAGCACAGGAAGCGGUGGACCGCCGAUGAGCCCCCCAUUCAUGCUCGGCGGCCCCCACAGCCCCGCGUCCUUGGCGUCCUUGGACUGCGCGUGAUCCCCGAAAUUCCGUUUCCGCCAGAUCGAACGAUUCGCGAUCCACUCUUCGAUCCCCUCCUCUUCGUGGACGAGAACCCACGCCGACACGAUGCACUAGUA